GGGAUUUAUAAUAAAGGUUGCAGUAUUAUAGACUGGAAAAAGUGUAUUAAAUUUAAAACUAUACCGCCUGUUUCCAACUUCAGUAAAUGUCCGUAGAGGAUACUUACAUGUUCUUGCUCUUAUAAAUCAUCGGCAAAAAAUAAGUUAAGAUGAGAUUACUGACAAAAACUUCUAGUACUUGUUUCGAUAAAUUAAAAAACAAAAGCGCUAUUUUUGUGGUGAUUCUAGUAGUUUCCAUUUUAACCGCAAGUGCUGGAUUACUCCUACUGAAAAAUAGUCCGAAAGCAGAACAGUCGCUACGAUUUGUCAGCAUCAUUCAUCGUCAUGGAGAAAGAGCCCCUAAAGGAACAUACCCCAUGGAUCCUUACGAAGUAGAGUCAUUUUGGCCAGAGGGACUAGGUGCCUUGGUAACGCAAGGAAAAGUAAGUAUGCAUGCCUUAGGGCGUUUCCUACGUCAUCGAUACGAUGGAUUUAUUUCAUCUGCAUACAUACCUGCUGAGAUUUCUGUUCUUACGGACUAUGUAGCCAGGACCAUUAUGAGUGGACAGCUUGUGUUAGCAGGACUGUAUCCACCGGUCGGGAUUCAGGUUUGGAACCCUGAUUUACCCUGGCAACCGAUUCCAGUGCAUACUCUUCCUCCUCAGUGUGAUGAAAUAUUUCGAGUCAGAAAACGCUGCCCACUGUUAUCGGAGGAAGAAAAACGAAGAAAUGCCAUACUUGAUCUUGAGCUGAACAAACAUAAGGACUUCAUAGCGAAUCUUUCCAAAAUUUCUGGCGCUGAACUAUCAUCAAUUAGGAGCAUCAAAUUCCUUUACGACAAUUUACUAAUUGUAGAGCAACAAAAACUUCCACCGCCGAAAUGGACCGAGCAUAUAAAUCAAGAAAAACUACGAGAACUGGCUAAAAUAGAUUUUCUGGAGCUGCACACGUCAGCUGCCAUGUUAAAACUACAGACAGGUGUCAUAUUAAAGGAGAUUGUAUCAAAUAUGAAACGAAAAAUAGAGGAUCCGGAAAAUUUCAAACGUCGAUUAACUUUGUAUUCUGCACAUGAUCGUAAUUUGGUGCGGCUAUGGCGAGCCAUGAACUUCAGUCAGGACAUCAUAGACCAGCCAUACUAUGGAGCAGCGCUCAUCAUUGAACUACACGAAAUCAACAAUCAGUAUCUUGUGAAAAUUUUACACAAAAAGGGAAGUUUAGACGAAGAUUUAUCGGUGCUGAAAAUGAAAGACUGUGAGGAGGUCCUAGCCGGGGAAACGGGAGACGUCAUGUGCAACUUCAGUGCUUUUUCAGCCGUCCUACAACCCUCUAUGAUUUCAAAUUUUGAAAAAGCGUGCGAAUUGUCAAAAUAACGAUUGACCUCAUAAGUUACAUCAAAUUAUAGUCUAAUAUAAGUUAUAAAGCCAACUUUAAUAUAUUUCACAUCUGAUUGAUGCGUGGAUAUGACUAAAAAGUUCCUAAAUUUUACUAUCUGCAGAAAAUGGGUGGAAGCUGUAUAUAAAUGCAUAUUUUGUUGUGUCAUCAGUAAGCAAAUAAUAGGCUCGAUCCAUCAGGCAAAUAUACGUGCUUUGUAUUUCA